UUAAAAUGGAUCCCUGAAGCCUCUCAUCUUAUCUCUCGCCUCCAGAAUACCAAUCCGGAUUCAAGUUUGAAUCCACGAGGAUGGUCCAAAUGUGGGAAAUCAGGCCAAGAAAUCAGUGUUUUGAUGCAAUGGAAUUUACGAAGGAUAUCCCACAAUGUUCACUAUUGAGCUCCAUCAUGGAGGGAGGUUCACAAAAUUCCCAGGGAUAAGCUACAUUGAAGGAAAAUUAGACCACAUUGACUUGGUAGACAUGGAUGAGUUCUCUGUGCAUGAGUUGGACGAGGUGAUGCUGAAGCUUGGUUAUGAUGUACCACCAGUCAUUUACUACCACUAUCAAUUGCCAAAUGGAGAUUUGGAGUUUGGUCUUAGAGCUCUAGGGAAUGAUAUUGAUGUACUUAGUCUUGCACAGUACAUUGAACAUCAUAAGAUCAUCAAGGUAUACACUGAACAUAAUGAAACUAAGUUACUUACAUACUUUAUGUCUCCAAGAGUUAAACCUAGGGUCAUAAUUGAGGAAAUAGCAGAUGAUGUGCCCACUGCAACUGUUGGUGAUCAAGAUGUCCCAAAUCUUGAAUUGUGUUUAGUAAGAUACGAGACACCCGAAUACAAUUCAAAUAAGAGAUUGAGGUUAGUUGAUGGGAUUCAAUCAUGUAGUAAGAAAUUGUGUUUCAACUUGGAACACACUGCAACUGUUGGUGAUCAAGAUGCACAUGUUGAAAUUGGUAAUGAAGGUGCAAAUAUUAGUGAGCAAGGUGCAACUGUUAGUGGUCAAGAUACACAUGUUGAAAUUGGUAAUGAAGGAGCAAAUGUUAGUGAUCAAUGUGCAGCUGUUGGUAAUCAAGAUACAGAAGUUCAUGAUCAAGGUGCAGCUGUUGGUAAUCAAGAUACAGAAGUUCAUGAUCAAGGUGCAGCUGUUGGUAAUCAAGAUACAGAAGUUCAUGAUCAAGGUGCAGCUGUUGGUAAUCAAGAUACAGAAGUUCAUGAUCAAGGUGCAAAUGUUGGUGACCAAGAAGUAAAUACAAGAGAGUUUGAUACCUUUGAUGACCAACCAUUUCAAUUUGAAGACUUUGAUCCUUUCUUUGAUCAAUAUACUUUUAAUGAUGGUAAUGAUCAGAGUAUGGGUGUUGGUGCAGAACUUGGCACAGGACUAGGGGAAGUUCAAUUUGAAAGUGAGGGAGUUUGUGAAGGACUUGGUGAAGGAGGUAGUGAAGGGGGUAGUGAAGGGAGUGAGGAAGACAGUGAUUUUCUUGAAGAUGAAGAAAACUAUGUAAGUGAUAUUGAGGUGGACAUGAGUGAUUUCUAUAUGAAUGUUGAUCUAGAUGUUGAAUAUGUUGACAGAGGAAAAGGUGUUGAGACUGAAAAUGAAAUUGUUGAUACAGAAGAUGUUGAAGAUGUUGAAGUAAUUGAUAAUGAUGAAUGGGACUCAUUAGGUGAAGAUAGUGAUGAUGAAAGAAGGAAAGCAAUAUUAAAACAGAUGGUGAAGGAGAAGAAGUGCUCUCUUGGUGAAGUCCAUACAGUUACUUUUCAAGUGGGUCAAAAGUAUAAAAGUAAAAAGGAAAUUAAGGACAAAGUCAACAAACUUGCCAUUGAGACUAGAAGGAAUCUUGGCUUCAAGAAAAACGACAAAACAAGGCUUAGGGUUGUGUGUAAAGGUAAUGUACCUAAUGUAAAUGCAAGUGGGGUAGGUAAGGGCAAUAAAUUAAAUUGUUCUUGGUCAAUGCAGACUUCACGGUCAAAAGAUAGUGAUUAUUGGUAUGUGAAAACUUUACUGGACAAACAUACUUGUGUUCAAACUAGAAAACUUAGGGCUUGCACUGCGAAGUAUAUAUCUGCAGAAAUCUUAGACAUGGUCGAGUCUAACCCUACAGUACCCCUUCGAAGCAUUCAAGAGCAAGUUCAGAAGAGGCUUCAAGUUGGUGUGUCCAUACACAAAGUACAGAGAGCAAAAGCAACAGCUACAAAGCAAGUGAGUGGUGACUACACAAAGCAAUACGAGGUGUUAAGAGAUUAUCUUAUGGAACUACAAGCAACUAAUGUGGGUACAACUGUGAAGCUUGAGGUUGUUAAUGAGCCUAACAGUACUAGAGAAACAAGGCAGUUUAAAAGGGUGUAUAUUUGCUUAGGGGCAUUAAAGAAAGGGUUUAAAGCAGGUUUAAGAGAUAUUUUGGGACUAGAUGGUGCUUUUAUGAAAGGACCCUUUCCAGGCCAAGUACUCACAGCAGUUGGAUUGGAUUCAAACAACGGCAUAUACCCACUUGCAUAUGCCAUUGUUGAGACUGAAAAUAUGAGUAGCUGGAAAUGGUUUCUAGAAUGCUUGGGAGAUGACUUAGAGUUGUGCUCAAAUUCUAACUUUACUUUCAUAAGUGAUAGACAAAAGGGACUCUUACCUGCUAUAGCACAACUAUACCCACAGGCUGAGCAUCGAUUCUGUCUAAGACAUAUUUAUGAGAACAUGAGGAAAAAAUGGAAAACAAAAGAGUAUAAAGAUCACUUAUGGCAGUGUGCAAUAGCAACCACAGUACCAGAAUUUGAACACUACAUGAAUGAACUUAACAAGUUUGAUAAGGAUGCUUUUGAGUGGUUGAAGAAAAUCCCCCCUCACCAUUGGGCCAGAAGCCACUUUUCAGGCAGAGCAGGAUCAGAUAUAUUGCUCAACAAUUUAUGUGAGGUUUUCAACAGUAAGCUUAUUCAUGGUAGGAAUAAGCCCAUCAUAAGUUGUCUUGAGUACAUUAGGCAGUACCUUAUGAAGAGGAUUUGCAAUGUGAAGAAAGUGAUGUCCAAAGCUCCAGGUCCACUCACUCCAACAGCAUCAAAGUUACUUGAGAGAAAUAGGGAAGCUUCAGUCCAAUAUAGAGCUAGAUGGAAUGGGACUGCAAAGUAUGAAGUUUAUGGUCCUUGGCAUGACCAGCAUGUGGUUGACAUGAAAAAUAUGUCAUGUACAUGUAGAAGGUGGGAAUUGAAUGGGAUUCCAUGCAGGCAUGCCAUAGCUACAAUACAUGAAAUGGUUGAUAGUGGAGACAAAGUUGGGGAACUUUACACUUAUGUUAACAAAGUGUAUUGUCUUCAAACAUGGAAUGAAGCUUACUCUUACACUGUGGACCCUAUAAAGGGUAGAGCCAUGUGGCCAAAAAGUACCUGUCCAUUUCAAUUAACACCACCACCACAUCACAAUCAACCUGGGAGACCUAAGACCAAGAGAAAGAGAAGUGCAGAUGAAAAAUAUGAUAAACAUAUGCAAAAUCAUGGUGCAGGUGAACCUGAAAAACUUACCAGAAAGUUUGUUAGUGUUAGGUGUGGGAAAUGCAACAAUAGGGGUCAUAACUCAAGGACGUGCAAGGGUCAAGGUGGGAAUGCAGGAAGAAAUGAAGGAGGGCAUGCAGGAAGCAGUCAAGGAGGGAAUGCAUGAUGCAGUCAAGGAGGGAAUGGAGGUAGCAGUCAAUGCAGGAAUUAGUGUAUUUUGUUUAAAAACUUAUCUUUUGGUUUAGCACAACUUUUGUGCAUUUGGAUGUAAUGGUUUAAAACUAGUUUGUUGUAAUGGUUUUAUUUUGGUCUUUUAGCCCUUUUGGUCAUGAAACUAAUGUCAACCUUUUGUCAUUGUUGAAGAAUGAUUUUUAUGGUUUAUACCAACUGUUGGUUGUCAUGUUUAUGGAACA